AUGAGCCACACAGCCGAGGAGCUGCUGAUCAUCUAUCAGACUGAGGCAGAGCAAUGGGCAACGUACCUGAAGUCAGUAUUCACCGGUCCUAUCUCAGAGGCUGGCAUCUGCUGCUACGACAUCGCCACGGCGUCCAGCCGACGGGACGACUUCCUCAGGCUCGCCCGCUACAGCUGCAAACUCCUGAUCCUCUCCAAAGGCAUGCUGGACGGCCUCGGCCAGAUGUGGCGCUUCUUCCUGGCCCGUGUGUUGAGCCCCGCUGCUCAGGUGGUGGUGCUGCUGUGUGGCGUGGAGAGUCUGACCCCGCUGCUGGAGUUGGUGCCCCUGAAUGGUGACGAGUGCCUGCAGAUUUCCAGCAAACAGGAGACUCAUGAGUACCUAUCCACUGUCAUGGAUAUUGUGGGAAAAGGUGUGUCAGCCACGGCAGCAAAUGUCGAACUACCAACACGUAAACUGUCUGGAUCGGAGCAGAAGGUGCAGUCAACUAGAGUCCACAGCAUCGGGUGCAGAACUGUGGUCAUUCCUUCCAGGGUUCCCUGCGGGACCUCUACAGAGGUGUUCAUCCUUUUGAAAAAUGCGGCUCCUGGCGGCGACAAUGAGGUUGAGUUUGCUGGUGAAAAUCAGACGCUGCGAGUGACACCCGUCCACUGGAACGACAGAACCCUGUGUGUCAGUGCACCAGAUUUUCCAGCUGGAAACGUCAGACUGACCGUGUAUAUCAACGGAGUGCCAUUGAGCAAGGCACAGCUGCAGUACUACAGCAGCAUGGAGGAAAUCGCUUGCCUUCUUUCGAGGGUUGCAGACCCUGUAGAUUUCAUGUGUCAGGCUCUUCAGGUGUCGUCCGUGGACAAGCUGGAUUACAAGUUGUCCUCCAUGCUGCUGGAGGCGAUGCCCACUGGAGGCUUCCCUGCACUGCAGUGUGAAAACACGCCAGACAGAGAGCUCCACCAUGCAGAUGUGCCAACCUUCCUUCACUUCGCCGCCCAGUAUGGGCUCAAGGCCGUGUCCAGCCUGCUCCUGCAGUGUCCUGGCGCAGAGCGAGCGCUGCACAUGGCGAAUCGGUGUGGUCAGACUCCCGCAGAGAUUGCCAGGAGUCACAGCCACGCAGAACUGCACGUCUUACUGAGGGAAACACUGAAUAUAUCCGACCCCGGCGAGGAGAAUGGUGAUGCCAGUGUGUAUGAAGUGAUGUGUGCCACAGGGAGUUCUUCCGCCGCACAUGUGCAGAAAGACCAGCGAGGAGAGGAUGAAUGGGAGGAGGUGGAGGAUCUAUACGCUCCGCUGGGGGUGAACGAUGAAUAUGACACUAUGCUGAACUCAACGAAGGCGGUGGUCAUUGCCAAUCGCCCACCAGCGCCCAUGCCGCGGUCUGAGAACCAUCAGGUGAAGGAGGACAGAAUCCCAUACAUCACCCAAGUGUUCCAGAAGAAGAAAACACCACAAGGAAAUGCUGAAAUAUAUUCACUUCCAACUAAACAAGCACGAGGGCGAGAACACAGCAUCUCUUCCACCUAUGACACCUUGGUGCCAGAACAGAUACAUGGGCUUCAGCAGCUCGUCGAGCUCCAGCAGAGGGUGAAGCCCGCUUCGCUCACUGUGGACGAGGACCUGGAGCAUUUCAGUGACUGGCAGAGGGCUCAGAAGGGCAUGGACACCACCCAGAAAGAGAAGUUGAGUCAGCUGAGAGACAGCAUCAUCAACAGCAGAGAGGACGAUGACAGAGUCUAUGAUAAAAUCAACAUCGUUCAUCACGCACCAAGUAAUACGGUGAAUGAGAGUCGCAGAGGAAGCCCACCGCUGGAGUCUGAUUUUUACAGCAAGCCGCUCAAAGGAAAGCACUCAAAUUUCUUUUGGAGAGCUGACAAACGCUGA